CAGUCCACUGGAAUUCUAGUCAAACCGUGCCGUCGACGUUCAAGUAUUGUACUGGCUAACUGGCGGCCUGCUACUGGUAAACGUGUAAAUCAGGCAUAACAUCGGAUAUGUUUGACUUUACGGAAUGAGCAGCGGUGAGAAGAACAGCAGUGAUAGACGAUGGAAGAUAAUAAAUCAGGAAAUCGAGUCGAGCAAAUCGAGCAAAUCGAGUGUCGAAAAUGAACCAGAUCCUAGCCGGCGAAAGCUCAAAUCAUGGCUGAACAAAAGUUUCCGCAUCAAAAUAACCGAUGGGAGGAUACUGAUCGGAAAGUUUGUUUGUACCGACGCCGACGCGAAUGUGAUUCUUGACAUGACUAGUGAAUUUACCCCAAACGGUGGAGAUGAGCGUGGUCUUGGACCGGUGCUGAUACCUGGCCGAUAUAUAGUUUCGAUAGAGAUAGAUGUAGCGAAACGGGUCAACAACAGGUCAUGUUUGUGACACUUUGAUUAAGUUUAAUGAUUGUACAUUUGUAGAUUACUGAACUUCGAAAUAUAAAUAUGGGGGACACCGUAUUUCCUAACGUGACAA